AUGGCUGGGACUUGCGAAGUAUGCUCUACAGAGCCAUCAAAGUAUCGAUGUCCCGCCUGUGGGAUUAUGAGCUGCUCUCUAGCUUGUACUCAGUCGCAUAAGGUCUAUUGUACGCCAAAGUCCCCUGAAGCCUCGACGCAGAAACAGCCUCCUACCGUGACGGAUACCGGAGCUGCGCAGGCUGCAACAAAUGGACAUGGACCGGAACAGGCAACGCAGGAUACUACCGUCCUCCCGACCCCCGAGGCAUUGUCUUCCUCGAAAGAGCUACAGGAGCUGUUUUCUAGAUACCCUCAACUGCGCAGCCGGCUACGAGAUAUAUACAAGGUGACGUUGGAGGAUGAAUGGGUCGAAGCACGACCUCCUGUUCGUGGCCGCGGGUUCGGGAGGGGCCGCGGCGCUCAUGGCAGGGGACGAGGUGGAAGCAGAGGGCCUUGGACUGCUCAGAAGGGGUUCAAUCGUGGAUUGGGAAAGGUGAGGAAGUGGAGGGAUAGUUGCGAGGAAGGAUCGAGCACUGGCCCAGAUGCAGAAGGGUUUAUGAAAUUUGUCGCCCUGGUCAACGGCGGAAACUCCAGUCAGAGUUAG